UUCGUGCUUUCUAAUCAGAGACACGUAAAAGGAUAGACUUGGCAAGGGAUAUGCCACUCAAUGCAUAGGGGUGUAACGUCGACAUAGGAUUGAGAGGUCUAGCCACCUUUGUCAGUCACAUGUGCAGGAUCGUUUGGUUAAAUGAGAUAGAUAGACCACCGAUCGACUGUUUCCAUGCUGUUUCCGCGUUACGCUUUUUUGGCUUUCCUGGGGGCACUGGUAUUCGCAGUUUUGGCAGCCUAUAGCCAAGCUGGAGUCUACGGCGGUGGCUAUGGAGGUGGCUAUGGAUAUGGCGGCGGUGGUUAUGGAGGUGGAUAUCCAGGUGGUUAUGGAGGUGGAUAUCCAGGUGGUUAUGGAGGCGGAUAUGGUGGAUAUGGGGGCUACGGAGGAGGCAUUGGAGGAGGUAUUGGAGGAGGUGUUGGAAUUGUCAAAAUAAUAAGUGCUGGACCCCCACCUCUACCACUACCACCACCACCACCACCACCACCACCACCAGUCAAAAUCAUCAAGAUCGUUAACGGCGGUGGCUAUGGAGGCGGUUACGGUGUUGGAGGAGGUUAUGGAUAUGGAGGAGGUUAUGGAGGAGGCAUUGGAUAUGGCGGAGGCGUUGGAUAUGUAGCUCCCCCACCACCAGCUUUCAAAGUUGUCAGAGUUGUAACGACUAGUGGUGGCGGAUGGAACCCAGGUUGGUGGUAAAUUUACUUAAUUCUGCUCAGUUCUUUAAAGCGAUUGAUCAACGAAGAAGUAAAAUGCCAAAAAAGCUGUAAAAAUUGUAAAAUAUAAUUAAGUGAUAAUAAAUGUAUAUUUUUUA